AUGGUUUCUUCAAAUCAAAUUGGAGUCUUCAACUUUCCUGCUUUCACAAAAACAUCGUACGCAAGCGAAUUCACAUUUCCUGAGCGUCAGCAAGUUUCACGAUUUCACAACUACGUUAGCUUUGUUCUAAAUACCAAAGACAAACUCGUUCCACGCUGCUUUCCGCAUUUUGCACUCCGCGUUUCACCACAUCGCAUUUUAGAUUACGAGAGAUCGGCGUUAGGUUUUGGACCGACCGGCGCGGAAUACGUAGACGCGGAACAGCAUAAAACAGACGAGGCGGACGCGGAACAGACCGAAGCGGACGAAAAGGAAAGUUAUAGUGAAGAAAAUUCUGGGAAUAAUUUAGAUACAAAGAGAAGUAAAUCUAGGCAAGAGGAAAGGGAAGAAGCAGUUUCUAGGAAUCAAGAGGAGGAGAAAACAGUCGCUCAAAGUUUACAAAAAGAAAGUCGUGAAAGUUCUGUAAAUGUAAGUAUGGAAGGUCUACCUUUCGUAAUUUAUUUUGCUUUACACAAAGACAAAAUAUGCUAGUUCUGCUGUGGCUAUAAGUGAAACACAAAUAACGAUUGACCAGUUCGAUACUUUGUUCUAAAUUGGUAUAUAUUUGACUAUUUUUCCUUUUAAAAUUUUCUAGAUGCCACCUAAAAAAGUUGAUUUCCCACAACAUUUUCUAGAUAAAGUAACAGCGAAUCUUUACAAAAGUACAACCCAGAAGGCAGGCGAAGAAUGUCCGCUACUUAUCCCGGCACGACCAGUUGUUUUACCCACUAUCAUAGGGAAUAAUGAAGACCGCGAGCUCUAUCAUUCAGUCUAUCGAAGAACGGGCACUUGGAAAACGAACGUCGUGCCAGAGACCUGGGAACGAGCCCAGGAGAGACCGCUGUAUGAAGAUCCGAAGGCGAAGCAAUAUCGACCUUGUCGAUUGAGGUUUAGGUUAGCUUUGAAAUUUUUGUCCAUAUGUUAGUAGGAGUCUUCUUGUGCGUAAAAUAUUGAGUUCGAAUUGGCGUGUUUCACUAAGCGUUGAGACUGGUUUACACUUUCAAAGUUUCUGUGAUUUCAAUGUUUGAACUUCGUUUGUAAACAAAUGUUCAUACUCAAUAUAAUAAUAACGAAUUCAAUGAAAUAAUGAACAUUUGUUUACAAUAGUUCAAACAUCGAAAUGUACUUGCGAACUUUGUUGCGAAGUUCACGCCCAAUUUUUGAACUUGGAAACGUAAUUGGCAAGUUUGCAACGAACUUGGGAACCGCGCGUUGAAAAGUGACUUGAAAUCGACAAUCACUUAGCACGAAGGCUACAUAAAUAGUUAUAAUUUUGUGGGGUUUUUUCUAGCAAACCGAAAACUCGUUUGCUGUGUAAACGUCAGCAAAAGCCAAAUGAAGUUGCUGUCACGAGAGUUGAAGGACCACGAUCAUUACCUCAAACCGUUCAACAGUAUGUAUUUUAAAUACUUGUAUUUCAUGUAGAUUUUACAAAUUAUUGAAUUUGAAAGGAUGACUAAGUAUCAUAUUUGUUUCAGUGUCCGACCAUCACCAGGCUAUGCUGGAUUCGUCCCCAAGCUCCCGGUGAUCCCUAGUCCAGCGCGCGACCCUCGCUUGAUGCUAUCAUCCUCGGCUGCUACAUACAGGUAAUUUGUCAUCUUAGUUUUUAAAGUCCCGGUCAAACAAGGAUUAGAAUUGAUGAGAGUUGGCAGACAUGCAUUGUUAUGGGGGACAUUUCAAGCUCUAGAUUAAAGGGACAGUAUGAUCAAAAUUUUUAUUUUCUUAAACGAAAGUGCUCGUAAAACUGUAUAAUAACUUGUUUUGAAGAUUUUGGUUCCGAUGCUUAGUUCUUGAGAUAUUUCAUUUCGUUUGUAACCAUGUGACGUCAUUUACUCAAGUACAUAUAUGAGAUAUCAGUAAUUGUUGUGUAUCUUUGCUAUUUUUAUCAAAAUAUUUCGAAAGAUGCGGCGCGUUUGUUAAUUUAACCUGCAUCAUUAAGCAUACUGUGUUUUUUAACAAAUCGAUCAAAAAUAGCAAAGAUACACAACAAUUACUGAUAUCUCAUUAUAUAUGUAAUUGAGUAGAUGACGUCACAUAGUUACAAACAAAAGAAAUAUCUCAAGAACUAAGCAUGAGAGCAAAAAUCUUAAAAACAAAUUAUUAUACAGUUUUACGAGCAUUUUCGUUUAAGCUUUGGUUUAAGAGAAUAAAAAUUUUGAUCAUACUGCCCCUUUAACAAAAUAAAGUGUUCCAAGUGUUUUAACUUACCCCAUUGAGCGCCAGCGCUAAGAAUUUGUAAGAAAUAUUCGAGAGAACUGAUUCAGGGUUAAACAGUGAGUCAUGCAAUUCCCUCAAAGAUAUCUUACAAAUCCUCCAAAAUUUUGAGCCGAAAGUGGUGCAUUUUCCCGCUCGUAAUACUAAAAUACUCAAAAUUUGCUAAUUUCACAGGGCUAUAUUUUUCGUAUUCUACAACAUUUCGCAACCAAACUUUGCAAUUUUACUAGUGAUGCUCUUUUGAGCUAUAAUGAUAUAUUUCGUCUUUCUUGUCUAGAUAAAAAAUUAGUCGACUGUUGGAAUCAUCCGUUAAACUUAAAGGUGAUCUACAGUCCGAUCUGCGCAUGUGCACAAAUGAGCCCACUUUUUAUGAUACAAACAGUUUAACUAUGUUUUGAGUUCUUGAAAAGCCUGAUUGUUGUUUCUUGAUCAUUUAUUAUACUCUAGAAGCUUGAAAAUAUAAAUAGUUGUCGAAUAAAGCUCAAUAUUUUGGACACAAAAAUGUAAACAAAGGCUUUGUUUACAUACGGACUGUAGAUCACCUUUAAGAUAUUUUAUAAGACUUUUUUUCCACGUGUAGAAAUGUGUCUAGAGACGACCUCCGUGUUCAAGAAUAUGCUCACAAAGGGCCACUAUCAAAACUUGUGACGACCACUACUCCUUGCAAUCCAUUUAACAAAACAACGCAGAUGUCACAACUUACUAGCGGUAUUUUUGUUAUCUGA